AUGUCUUCUGAUCCUAUAGCUGCUAAGAUUCACGCAGCCGCAGCAUCUAGAGAUUAUAAUGUUGCUCCUCGUGCUGAUUACAGAACAGUUUGCAAAGUCGAUGGUCCUUUGGUUAUCCUCGAUAAUGUCAAAUUCCCCAAGUUUGCUGAAAUCGUUAACGUUUGCUUAGCCGAUGGUACAAUCCGUAAAGGUUAGGUUCUCGAAAUCAGUGGUAAAAAGGCCGUCGUUUAGAUCUUUGAAGGUACUGAUGGUAUCGAUAGUUUAUAUACUCACUGUGAAUUCACUGGUGAAACUUUAUAAAUGCCCAUUGCCGAAGAAAUGUUAGGUAGAGUCUUCAAUGGUUCUGGUACUCCUAUUGACAAGGGUCCACCUGUUUUGGCUGAAAAAUUCUAAAGUAUUAAUGGUCAACCCAUUAAUCCUUACUCCAGAGUUUAUCCCAAGGAAAUGAUUCAAACUGGUAUUUCUGCUAUCGAUUGUAUGACUUCUAUUGCUAGAGGUUAAAAGAUUCCUCUUUUCUCUGCUAACGGUCUUCCCCAUAAUGAAAUUGGUGCUUAAAUCGUGCGUUAAGCUUCUUUGGUUAAGGGUAAGGAUGUUUUAGAUCACUCCGAAGAAAACUUCGCCGUCGUUUUCGGUGCUAUGGGUGUUAAUAUGGAAGUCGCUCGUUUCUUCAGAUAAGAUUUCGAAUCUAACGGUUCCAUGGAAAAGGUUAUUCUUUUCCUUAAUCUUGCUAAUGAUCCCACUAUCGAACGUAUCAUUACUCCUCGUCUUUCUUUGACCGCUGCCGAAUAUUUAGCUUACGAAAGAGAAAUGCACGUCUUGGUUAUCUUAACUGAUAUGUCAUAAUAUGCUGAUUCUUUGAGAGAAGUUUCAGCUGCCAGAGAAGAAGUCCCUGGUAGAAGAUCUUAUCCUGGUUAUUUAUAUACUGAUUUAUCAACAAUCUACGAAAGAGCCGGUAGAGUCGAAGGUGUUAAUGGUUCCAUCACUUAAAUUCCCAUUCUUACCAUGCCUUCUGAUGAUAUUACCCAUCCUAUUCCCGAUUUGACUGGUUAUAUUACUGAAGGUUAAAUCUUCAUUGAUCGUUAAUUACAUAAUAAGUAAAUUUAUCCUCCCAUCAAUGUCUUACCUUCUCUUUCUCGUCUCAUGAAGUCUGCUAUUGGUAUUGAUGAUCACGGUAAGGUCAUGACCAGAGUUGAUCACCCUGAUGUCUCCAACGAACUCUAUGCUGCUUAUGCUAUUGGUAAGGAUACUGCUGCAAUGAAGGCUGUCGUCGGUGAAGAAGCUCUUAAUGAAGAAGAUCACCUUUAUCUUGAAUUCUUAAAGAAUUUCGAAUCUAAAUAUAUUUCUCAAGUAAUAAAUAAGAUUAAAUUAGAAAACAAAUUUUUUAUAUUUUUAAUAUAAUUUAGGGUCAAUACGAAUCUAGAACUAUCUUCUAAACCUUAAACAAAGCUUGGGAAUUACUCAGAAUUUUCCCUCCAGAGAAGCUAAAAAAGAUUAAACAAUCAACCAAGGAUUUGUACUACGCUAAAAGGGGUGAAGAAGAAGAUAACUGAUUACUAAUUUUAUAUAAGUUUUUUAACGUUUAUCAUAUCAGAGUAUUAAAUAUAAAUUUAUUAUACAGUAAUUUUUAGUAAGCAAAGCAAGUAAGCAAGUAUCUAUCUAUAUCAUAGUAUUAUUCAUCCUUUCAAAUUCAACAAAUUAAAAAGUUCAUUCACUUGUUUAUUUAGUUCAUAUUUUUUAUGA